UGCAUCCCCGCUGUUCCCUCCCCUGCCCGGCAUCCUCGCUCUCGGGCCGGGCUCUCGCAGGGCCGGGCGCUCGGGGGGCUCCGUCCUUGCUCCCCGCCGAUCCGAGGGGAUCUCUGUGAGCCGGGCGAGCCUCUGCUGCUGCUGCUGCUGCCGGGGAUGUGAUGGCAUAGCAACACAGCAGCCGGGGCGGUGGAGGAGGAGGAGGAGGAGGAAGGCAGCGGUGCCGAGGCUCAGCAUGCAGCCCUGCCCCAGGGGCUCCGCUGCUGAUUCACAGCCAGCCCCGCUGCCCGCCCGGACCCGCCGCGCUCGCAAGGUGCUCCAUGCCCGUGACCAUCAGCUCUGAUGCAGCCCCUGGUGAUGCAGGAAUGGCUCCAUGUCCUCCCUCCGUGUCCUGAGUGGCCCCUCCCGGCCCAGGCGCAGCACAGCAGCCCUGCCCGCCCGCUCUCUCAGGUUGAAGCCUCCCAGGAUGGUGCAGGACCCUCGUGUGUGACCCCCCGGGCUCCCAGCAGUGCUGCCGGGCCCCAGGCCCCUCUGGAGAUGAAUCUUUGCUGGAACGAGAUCAAAAAAAAAUCCCACAGCCUUCGGGCUCGGCUGGAGGCCUUCUCUGACCACAGUGGGAAGCUGCAGGUGCCUCUGCAGGAGAUCAUAGACUGGCUGGGGCAGAAGGAUGAGGAGCUGUCGGCGCAGCUGCCCCUGCGGGGUGAUGUUCUCCUGGUGCAGCAGGAGAAGGAGACACACGCGGCUUUCAUGGAAGAAGUGAAGUCUCGGGGGCCAUACAUUUACUCUGUCCUGGAGUCAGCACAGGCUUUCCUUUCCCAGCACCCAUUUGAGGAAUUAGAAGAACCAACUUUGGAAAGCAAAGAUGUGUCUCCGCGGCACCGCAUCCAGAACAUCAGCCGCUUUGUGUGGAAGCAGGCCAACGUGGCCAGCGAGCUCUGGGAGAAGCUCACAGCCCGCUGCGUGGACCAGCACCGCCACAUCGAGCGCACCCUGGAGCAGCUGCUGGAGAUCAAAGGGGCCAUGGAGGAGCUCAGCACCACCCUGGACCAGGCUGAGAGCGUGCGGGACACCUGGGAGCCCAUCGGGGACCUCUUCAUCGACUCCUUGCCUGAGCACAUCCAGUCCACCAAGCUGUUCAAAGAGGAGCUGUCCCCCAUGAAGGACGGGGUGAAGGUGGUCAAUGACCUUGCACACCAGCUGGCCAUCUCAGACGUGCAUCUGUGCAUGGAGAGCUCCCGCACCCUGGAGCAGAUCAACACCCGCUGGAAGCAGCUGCAGGCCUCCAUAAACGAACGCCUGAAGCAGCUCCAAGAUGCCCACCGGGACUUCGGACCAGGCUCCCAGCACUUCCUCUCCUCCUCUGUCCAGGUGCCCUGGGAGCGAGCCAUUUCCCCCAACAAAGUGCCAUACUACAUCAACCACCAGGCCCAGACAACGUGCUGGGACCACCCAAAGAUGACAGAGUUGUACCAGACGCUGGCGGAUUUGAACAACAUCAAGUUCUCGGCGUACCGCACGGCCAUGAAGCUGCGGCGGGUGCAGAAAGCCCUGAGAUUGGACAUGGUCACCUUGGGCACAGCUUUGGAAAUCUUCAACGAGCACGACCUGCAGCCCAGCGAGCGGGCGAUGGACGUGGUGGAGGUGAUCCACUGCCUGACCGCGCUCUACGAGCGCCUGGAGGAGGAGAGGGGCAUCCUGGUCAACGUGCCCCUCUGCGUGGACAUGAGCCUCAACUGGCUGCUCAACGUCUUCGACAGUGGCCGCAGCGGGAAGAUGAGGGCUCUCUCCUUCAAGACGGGCAUCGCGUGUCUGUGCGGGACAGAGGUCAAGGAGAAGUUCCAGUAUCUCUUCAGCCAGGUGGCCAACGCCGGGGGCCUGUGUGACCAGCGGCACCUGGGGGUCCUGCUCCACGAGGCCAUCCAGGUCCCUCGCCAGCUGGGGGAGGUGGCAGCGUUUGGGGGCAGCAAUGUGGAGCCCAGCAUCCGCAGCUGCUUCCGCUUUAGCAAUGGGAAGUCUGCCAUUGAGGUGUCCCAGUUCCUGGAGUGGGCCAACCUGGAGCCCCAGUCCAUGGUGUGGCUGGCGGUGCUGCACCGGGUCACCAUGGCCGAGCAGGUGAAGCAUCAGACCAAGUGCUCUGUGUGCCGCCAGUGCCCCAUCAAGGGCUUCAGGUAUCGGAGCCUGAAGCAGUUCAAUGUGGAUAUCUGCCAGACCUGCUUCCUCACGGGGCGAGCCAGCAAGGGCAACAAGCUGCACUACCCCAUCAUGGAGUACUACACCCCAACCACAUCCAGUGAGAACAUGAGGGACUUUGCCACGACACUGAAGAACAAGUUCAGGUCCAAGCAGUACUUCAGCAAGCACCCCCAGAGGGGUUACCUGCCCGUGCAGUCUGUGCUCGAGGCUGACUGCUCCGAGACCCCGGCCUCCUCCCCGAUGUUACCCCACGCCGACACCCACUCCAGGAUCGAGCACUUUGCCAGCAGGCUUGCAGAGAUGGAAAGCCAGAACUGUUCCUUCUUCAGUGACAGCCUGUCCCCUGAUGACAGCCUGGAUGAGGACCAGUACCUGCUGCGCCACUCCAGCCCCAUUACGGACAGGGAGCCUGGGGGCAGCCAGCAGGGCCCAGCAGGCCUCAACAUGGAUGACAAGGGAGAGCUGGAGAGAGUCCUGGCCCACCUGGAGGAUGAGAACAGGAUCCUCCAGGGAGAGCUGAGACGUUUGAAGUGGCAGCAUGACGAGGCAGUGGAGUCCCCAACCUUGGCCUCAGGCUCUCCUGAGUCGGUGCAGGACCCUCGGAACGAGGAGCUGCUGGCAGAGGCGCGGAUCCUGCGGCAGCACAAGAGCCGCCUGGAGACACGCAUGCAGAUCCUGGAGGACCACAACAAGCAGCUGGAGUCACAGCUGCACAGGCUGAGGGAGCUGCUGCUGCAGCCUCCAACAGAGUCAGAAGGCAAUGGGUCAGCAGCCUCCUCCUUGGCUUCAUCUCCACAUCAGUCAGAAGGCAGCCAGGCAAAGGAGAAAGAGCACAACACUCCUGACACUGAAACUGCAGAUGAGGUGGAAGCCAAAACCCAGGAGGUCAGCAUGUGCCUGGAAGACAUCAUGGAGAAGCUGCGGAGCGCCUUCCCCAGCUCCCGAGGUAUGACCUCCCUUAUCUAACACCUCCUGUGAGCCAGAGGCUUUUCCUAACCAGCUCCCUGGCUGCUUUCCUCCCCUCUCCCCUGCCAUGCUCCCUGUGCUGCAGCAGACCUCACACAGACUCCCUCCGAGCUGGUGGUGCAGGAUGCUUGCCAGCUCCAGAAGAUCUCAGGGGAACAUAGGCCAUGCAGGAGUGGGACUGUGGGCUCCCCAGGAGGCUGGCUGGCUCACUGGCCACAGUGUCCAAGCCUGGGUGGGAUGGUUCAGAAGGAAGAACUGAAGCCAUGAAAACUGCCAGUCUCCCCUGGCACCCUCGGGGGAUGCAGAGCUCAGCAUCCCACUCUUCAUCCCUGCCCAGGAGCCUCCAGGUCUGUGGGCACCAAAACACUCCUGGAGCCACACAAUUUUUAAAAUAACUCUUUAUAACAGUGACCAGCUGCCAGCCUUGUGGUUUGAGCUCUGCCACCCAAGGCUCUGCAGCCAGCCAGGCACACACCACCAGGAGAGAGUCUGUGAGGUUUAUGGAGUAGGGAUUGAGUCCAUGUUAGAGCUUCAGCCCAGCUAGUAGCCUUAUAUUGAGAGGGUCUUUAUAACAGAGCCUUAUUGUUUAAUUUGCAUAUAUUUCUAUAUAUUAUAUAUAUAUAUAUACUGUACUUAAAUCCUCUCAUGGACUCACUCUAUUAAACUCUAAUACCUUAAGUGUAGCUGCCCUUCACUUUCAGACCAGCUCCCAGGGGCACCAGCACCUUCCCUGUUGCUGGGGCUGCCUUGCAGGGCUGCAGUGAGGGAGCUGCACCCACAGCAGGUGCUCCACCCUGCCUGGUGUCCUGGGCAUCUGUGCCUUGGCCAUGGCAGGGUCCUGCACAGACCCAGCUCCCUGCCUGGCUGGGAGGGCUCCUCCAGCCAUACUCAGCCCUGGGGCCGCCCUGGUGUGAUGCAGGUGUGGGAGGGCAGCAGGACAGGCGGGCACCUCCUGGCUGCAGGUGCCACGGGGCAGUGCCAGCUGGCAGGGCAGCUCGGGGGUGGUGGCUCCUGGUGCCCAGGGCUCCCUCGGGCUGGCUGAUUGGUGCUGUGUUAUGUCGAGAAGGAGGCAGAGGCAGGUGCUGCAGGGUGACCCAGAGCAGGGGCUGACAUGGCCCCGGUGCUCUGGAGCCACAGAGUGAGGAGAGAUGAGAGGUGUGAGCCCUCGGGGCAGGGCAGGGGUGAAACAUCCCAUUGAACAGGGCUUGCAAGGACAGCCAGGGCUGCACACAGGGGUGAAACAUCCCAUUGAACAGGGCUUGCAAGGACACAGCCAGGGCUGAUGUUGCUGGCUGGGACAGGACACGGUACAGAACUGUUCCAGGAGGUUGUGAGCAGGGCUGUGGGCUUGGCUCUGGGCUGCUGGCAGAGGUGAGCAGCAGUGCCCACCCCAGUGUGAGCCUUCCAGCCUGGGCUGUGCAGCAUGGAGUGCUCCAGUGUCACUGGCACAGCGUGGGUGGCUGUCCUUGCUGUCCCCUGUGCCAGCCAGCUGAGUGGCAGGAGGGCAGUGUGGUGGCAUUAGGUGGCUUUGGGCAUGCUGUGGGUGACAGGGACGCCGGGCCAGCCUGUGAGACCCAGCUGGACCCCUCUGUUAUGCCAGGGGCAGGAUGGCAGCAGUGUGGGGAGCAGCAGAGGGAGGCUUGGCCUGAGGGUGUGCUUAGGAGUGUCCAGCCUUGGGGGAAGAAGAAAAAGGGCAGGAUGAGGACAGAGCUGCUGGUCCCAGUGGCAGCUGUGGGGAGCAGAGGUGGCCAGGUGGGUGCUUGGGCUGUGUUUGGGAGCCAGGAUGUGUCAGCGAGGGGAGCAGGCUGGCUAAUGCUCUGGUAACCAUGUACUGUGGUGCUGCUGUCCUCACUGCUUUGUGGCAUCUCUGCUCUGGAAAGAGAAUAAAUUUGUAUUUAUACUGAU